UUCCCUCGGCAGAUGGCAGUCACGGCUCGCUGCGCGGGCUGCCGGGCUCCACGCCCCGCCGGGCUCGGCGCUGCCUACUGGCGGAGGGGCUGGUGCUCUGCGGGUGCCGGCGGCCCCGCGGCAGGGUGGGGCGGAGGGGGGGGCGCGGAGCCUUCCCCCGGGAUGGAGCUGCCCGGUGCCUGCCGCGCUCGGCUGCAGACAGCCCCUGCUGCUGCUGCUGCUGCUGCUGCUGCUCCUCCUCCGGCUCCCCCGCCCCCGACCCCUCGGCUGCCGCGGGCCAGGGGCUGCCACAUCGCCCGGCCUCCCCAGCCCACCCGUCCGCCUUCUCCCUCCCCCCACCCCCACCCUCGCUGCUGACGUCUGGCUCUGCCCGUCUGAAAACUCCGCGCCGCGGCGGAUGCGGCGGCUUUCAGGGGCUCGGCAGCGGCAGCCGCGGCGAAGAUGGUGGCGGCGCCCUGCGCUCGCAGGCUGGCCCGGCGCUCGCACUCGGCGCUCAUCGCGGCGCUCACCGUGCUGCUCCUGCAGACCCUGGUGGUGUGGAAUUUCAGCAGCCUGGACUCCGGCGAGGAGCAGCGGGCCGGCGGCGGCCGGGAGAAGCGGGACCGGGGCGGCGGCGGCGGCGGCGAGCGCAGCGACCACCGGGCGCAUCAGCACCGCAGAGGACCUGCUGCAUUCCACGGCAAGGCGCUGGACCAGCCUCCCCGUCCCUACACCGGCUUGGAGACACAGGAUGGUUAUUUUUCCCACCGGCCAAAAGAGAAAAUGCGAACAGACAGCAAUAAUGAAAACUCUGUACCCAAGGACUUCGAAAAUAUUGAUAACAGUAACUUUGCUCCCAGGACUCAGAGGCAAAAAUACCAGCCUGAACUGGUGAAGAAGCCUCUUAGCAAGCAGAAGGAGCACUUGAAAAAGAAACUAGAGCAAGAAGGAAAGGUGAAGGAGAACUCACUCCUUGGGAAGAACUCCAAUGAAGUGCUUCAGUUCAGGCAUCAUGCUGUAAAGAACAGCAGCAGCAGCAAUUUGAAGGAGAUUCACAAGUCUCCCAGACAGCCUCAUUUAAAAAGGAGUGGGAACAACUCCCCUGAAAUAAGAUAUGACCAGCCACCAAAAUGUGAAAUAUCGGGCAAGGAGGCAAUCUCAGCUCUGUCUCGGUCCAAAUCCAAGCACUGUCGGCGGGAGAUUGCAGAGAUAUACUGUCAACACAAGCAAGGAAAGCUGAUGCCUGAGAAGGUGAUGCGUUUGUGUCCCCUGGAUGGAAAAGCCAGCAACAAUGUACAAUGGGAUGAGGACUCCGUAGAAUACAUGCCUUCCAACCCAGUCAGGAUCGCAUUUGUCUUGGUUGUUCAUGGCAGAGCUUCUCGGCAGCUCCAACGCAUGUUUAAGGCUAUUUACCAUAAAGACCAUUUCUAUUACAUUCAUGUUGACAAGCGAUCCAAUUACCUACAUCGGAAAGUGCUCCAGUUUGCUAGCCAGUAUCCGAAUGUGAGAGUCACCCCUUGGCGAAUGGCAACUAUCUGGGGAGGAGCAAGUCUUCUGUCCACCUAUCUACAGAGUAUGAGGGAUUUAAUUGAGAUGAAUGACUGGCCCUGGGAUUUCUUCAUUAAUCUUAGUGCCGCCGACUAUCCUAUCAGGACAAAUGAUCAGCUAGUAGCGUUCCUGUCCAGGUAUCGCGGUAUGAACUUCUUGAAGUCGCAUGGGAGGGACAAUGCAAGGUUUAUUAGAAAACAAGGUCUGGACAGGCUUUUCCUAGAAUGUGAUACACACAUGUGGCGCCUUGGAGACCGGAAAAUCCCAGAAGGAAUAACUCUGGAUGGAGGGUCAGACUGGUUCCUAUUGAACAGGAACUUUGUGGAGUAUGUCAUCUUUUCCAGUGAUGAUCUGGUGACAAAGAUGAAGAGGUUCUAUUCGUAUACUUUGCUUCCCGCUGAGUCCUUCUUUCAUACUGUCCUGGAAAAUAGCCCUCACUGUGGCUCCAUGGUGGACAACAAUUUGCGCAUCACUAACUGGAACCGUAAACUGGGCUGCAAAUGUCAGUAUAAGCAUAUUGUUGAUUGGUGUGGCUGCUCGCCUAAUGAUUUCAAACCAGCAGACUUCCACAGAUUUCAGCAAACCGCCAGGCCAACGUUCUUUGCCCGCAAAUUUGAAGCCGUGGUGAAUCAAGAAAUCAUUGGUCAGUUGGACUAUUAUUUGUAUGGUAACUACCCAUCUGGCACACCAGGUCUCAGGUCAUAUUGGGAGAAUAUAUAUGAUGAGCCCGAUGGCAUCCAUAGCCUCAGUGAUGUCAUUCUGACCAUGUAUCACUCAUUUUCCCGCUUGGGCCUAAGGAGAGCUGAGACGUCAUUGCACACUGAUGGAGACAACAGCUGCCGGUACUAUCCCAUGGGCCAUCCAGUUUCAGUCCAACUCUACUUCCUUGCUGAUCGUUUUCAGGGCUUCCUAAUCAAACAUCAUGCAACAAAUCUGGCUGUCAGUAAACUAGAGACUUUGGAAACUUGGAUGAUGCCAAAGAAAAUGUUUAAGGUUGUUAGUCCACCAAGUGAUUUUGGAAGGCUGCAGUUUUCAGAGAUUGGCACUGACUGGGAUGCAAAGGAAAGGAUAUUUCGGAACUUUGGAGGACUUAUGGGGCCGAUGGAUGAACCAGUUGGCAUGCAGAAGUGGGGAAAAGGCCCUAAUGUCACAGUCACUGUGAUCUGGGUGGACCCUAUCAAUGUAAUCGCAGCUACAUAUGAUAUCCUUAUUGAAUCUAGUGCAGAAUUUACUCACUACAAACCACCUUUGAAUUUGCCACUGCGGCCUGGAAUCUGGACCAUUAAAAUUCUGCACCACUGGGUACCUGUAGCUGAAACCAAAUUCCUUGUUACUCCUCUUACAUUCUCCAACAGGCAACCUAUCAAACAAGAAGAAUCCAUGAGGUUGCACAGUGGGCCUCCUAAGAACGCAUACAUGGAGCAGAGCUUCCAAGGCUUGAAUCCGGUUUUAAAUAUCCCUAUCAAGGCAUCUCAAGUGGACCAGGCAAAAAAGAAUGCAGUGCUCAUAGGUACCAAGCUGGAGAACUGGGUGGACACCUUGGUCAGCAGCAUAUGGUCAGCGGUGGAUGUCUGUAGCACAGGUCCAACUUCCUGUCCAGUCAUGCAGGCUUGCAGUCAAACAGGCUGGAGCUCCCUGAGCCCAGACCCUAAGUCAGAGCUGGGUCCCAUUAAACCUGAUGGGCGUUUGAGGUAGCAUCUGGUAUACCCUUCUUUGGCACAGGUUUUAAAAGAGAAUUUAACCUUGCUUAUAUAUGAACCUGUCUACAGAUUCCAAAACCUCGAUGAAACUUUUUGUUGUCUAUUUUUAAAAAUCUGGCAAAAUCUUUGGCAUUGUUUCUCCUUCAGAUCCAUCAGUCUAAGCUUCAACAGCACUGUGCAUCUCCUCUCUAUCUUUUAUAGAGUCACAACCUUUCUUCAUUCACUUCGUAUCUAAAAGGCUCCAACAUUUUCUUGCUCCGAUUAUGAAAUGGUAACAUAGCACAUCUGGUAUGUUCAGAGGGUAAAAAAGGAGCAGUUGCUAAAAAUAUCUUCUGUCAAAAACACCUAUGCAUAUUUUGAAUAUUUACAUUUUAAUUAUUUUGCUACCAUAAAUAACCAGAAACUCCAAUAUAUCCUUCACGGGGAGAAUGAUCUAUAAAAUAUGGUCAAAAUGUUUUACAAGAUGUAAAAAAAAUUGGAACCCACCCUGACUAUUUUUAUAAUGUUAAGAAUUUCUAGGCUUGAUUCAUCAUUGUGUUAACUCUAGUUUCAGUCCAGCGUGCAUCACACUGGCAUAGAAACUAAGCUAACAGAGUGGUGAAUUAGGCUUCCUCUCUCUUUUUAGAGGUCAGACAUUCUCAUCUAUUUGAUGAUCUCUGAACAAAAUGAGUGUUAUAAAAUGAUAUUUUUUAUUCCUAUUAUGAAUAGUCAUCAGUCACCACAAGGUCUGGGCACCACUUGCAGUAUUAAAAAUAAGUAUUCUCAUUACCCAAUGUCUAGAUUCUUGUCCCCAUUGAAAUCUGCAUUUUAAAAAAAAUCCACACAGAACACCCUCUGCAUAUAAGCAGGUGUGCAAAGUCCACAUACAUCAGCAGGUUUGUGCAUGCAGCUUAUAUGUGUGGACGCUCAGGCCCAGGCUGUGAUACUGCCGCUCACAUGGCAGCAUACCCUUUUCCAUCAGUAGCCUGAUUGGGUUCAAUGGGCCAACUCACAGUGUAAGAUUCUACUCUGAGUUAGUCAAAGUGGCAGAAUCUGGCCCUUAAUGAUUUAGGUUUGGAACCUUUUCCAUUGAUUUCAGUGGGCAAAAGACUGGGACCUAAUUAUGCAGUGAGCUGAUUCUGCACUAUUUUAAGUAGCAGCUAACUAGUCUAAUGCUAAUUGCCUUUGUUGGUCCCAGACCUGCCAGCAUUCAUGAAGAAGGAUAGUUUUGAGAUUGCAUGGUACAUCUGGAAGGUUGUGGUGAGUGGCACCUUGAGUGUAAUGGAGAUUCCUGACUGAAGCCAUGAAUUGAAUGAAGGAGAGCAAAUGCUCUUCUUCAGAGUGCUUUUAUUUUAUUUAUUUAUUUUUGUCAACAAGCUCUAAUAUUGCUUGUAUUGACCCUUUUGACUCUUGGGCAGGCUGUAUCCUGUUUAAAUACGGAUGUGAUACAUCAUUUGAAGCUUUCAACACUGAAAAAAAUCCGAUUUUAAAUUCUGAGGACUUUUUAAAAUAUUUUUCUUAUAUGCAAAUUCAUCUCCAGCUGAAGCAUUUUGCAUGUAAUGUUCACUUUUAUUUUGUGAUCCCUUGAGUACAAUGUACCCAAAAACUUCAAGGAACCUUGAUGAGAUUAAUUAUAAAAUGCCCUGUUAAUUUAAUAAAGUAAGGUGUCUGUUUUCCUUCUGUGGCAUGUAUAACUUUCAUUACUGCAAAUGAGAGUUAAGCUCACACAUCAGGGAGGAAAUAGACCCUUAAAUCUUUUCAUAACCACAUAUCACAAAAAAGGUUGAAUUCUCUUUUAAAUAAUGGUUGUAAAAUGACCAUAAAACAGAGAUCCCAAUGGCUUGUUAUAUUUUUCUCCAUUUAGUGUAAAGCUCCUGCAAUUUGCGUUGGACUUGAAAUUGCAAUGUCAGCUGUGCUGGCAUUAAGGCAGAACAUUUAAAUGUUUAUCUGGAACAAAGGUGGAUGCAUAGGAGGAACAGUUUAAAUAUUUAUUUUUUAUGUUUUUAGUCAAUGACUAAUUAGUAGGUGCUGCUUUUGCAGCUUGAAAAUUUUAUCUUACUAACUAAAGCUGCCUUUAUUAAGAAAAGGCCUUUUCCUCCUCAGACCUCCGUUUCUUUCUACCUUCUUGAUUUUGACAGGCUGGGAGCUGUAGUUCUAGAAAAGCUUGUAGUUAUUAGAGCUGUUUGGAAAGUUUCUGUCUAAACAAUGUUCCUGUUUUUUAGCUGGCUCUAGUGGUGAGUGUGUUCAGACCAAUAUUGCCAACAAGUUUAUAUAAUAGAAACACUUCUCUUUCAGUGCUUUUUAAAAAAUAAUAGUUUUUAUCUAACAUUCCAUCCGAAAUGUCAAAUCUCCAGGGAACCACUAAUCUUCACUAUGAAUUUAGGGUUUUAGCCACAUUGACCCAAUGGGAAUUGCAAUGGCUAAAGCCCUGCAGAUCAAAUAGAGAUUCAGACAUGGAUCACAUUCAGACAUGGAUUAGGGUAUAAAUAAUAAGAUUCAUCCACUCUGCUAGUCUUUAGAUCAUUCCAGUUAAAUCUGCUGAUGAAUUCAUGAGAUCUGGACUCUUGCGCGCGCGCGCACACACACACACAAACACACACACAGAUAAUCAGAUUUUUAAAUUUGAUACCUUUUUUAUUAUUGAGGAGGAGUGUUUUUUUUAAUGCUUUGUUGGGAAGUUCUCAUUAUUAAAUUUCUCAAACAGAAGUUGGAAACAAUCCAGUCUCUCUUUUAUGGAUAGAACAGUAGCCACCACUUGUAUCAUGUAAAAUAUAAGAGAUUCAAAGGACUUUGUUUUAAUUCCUAUUUCACAAUUUUAAAAAAAACCCAAAUUGUUGGUGACAUAUAAAUUUUAUGCUAUGUUGUAAACAAAAGAAAUAUUUUAUAGUAUUUUAUUUUCUAAAUAACAAAAAGAAUCUACAAGUACUGUAGCAAGCCGGCAAUGACAGUGCUGCUAUUAAAAUACUAGAAGUAAAAAUAAAAGGUCAAAUCCUGCAGUCCUUCUUAGGCAAACUUCUGUGGAUGGAUGAUUCUGAGUACGGUCUUUAGACUCAAGCCCAGCAUAAGUGAAAGUAUGACACUGGGCUAUGAAUAAAGUCUGUAUGUGUUUAAAAGCAGCAGAGAAUGAGACUCUUCAAGAGCUUCAGUUCACAGCAUUAUUUGAGGUGGGUGUCAAACUUUCGACCCAAAUGAUCAUGUUCUACCAUAGCUGCUAUUCUGCAGAUACAGAGGAAUAUAAAAUAUAAUGGACAACGUGUCAUAAAGUUCUAUAAAUUAUGAAGUGAAAAAUCAUGGCAAGCAAGAUUGUUUCUAUUUGUGAACAGAGCCUGCCCCAAAAUUAUUGCUAAGGCAGUACUGCUAAGGUCUAGGUUCUGCUCAGUGUCUUUUCUAGUUCUAAAAUACCAGGCACUUGAUACCUGUGAUGAACAUUAUGUCUUGUUAGAAGAGAAUAACUUUCACAGAUCUUACAUUUGGUAAAAAGGAGAAUUCGAAGUAGGGAGCCACAGUUUAUAUGAAACAAACAAGUUAUACAUGUGUUCAUUUGAAAGUUCUAAUAGUAUUUUCAAAGCGUGCUGGCUAGUGAUAUUUUAUAAGAUUCCAUUUGAAAGCCAGCUGUGACCAUAUGCCUUCCAUGGGAGAAGUGUGUAUUUCCAUAUGCACUGUGUGGAGUGAUGUGCUCAUUUAAACACCAUGCCCCUGCUGCUAGAUAGACAUGUGACACUUGUACAAUCAAUCAACCUGAUUCAGGCCGGAAAGAUAUGUGGCAAAAUGCAGAACAUCUGCAUACCUUUUUUUAUUAAUUAAAUCCAAAGUGAAUCCUAGUGAUAUGCAGACCUGUUUCUGUGGUGAUAUUAUACCUUGAGGCUAACAGAAAUUAGUUCAAAUGAGUUUAUUUUCUAGAUGUGGACCAAUUUUUUUAUUUAUAAAGUUUGACUGGAUAUGGAGUAAUAAUAUUUAUAUAUUAGAUUACUGAUGUGUGACAUUUUUAGUAUCAAAAUCAUGUCCUCAUUUUUGUUCUAUAUGGAGGACUGAAGGGACAGAGUAUACUAACAAUUUUCUCAUUGGCAAGGACUACUAUAAGCUAUAUCUCUAUUGCUAAGUGUAGAGAGCUAGGUGUAUACAGUAGGGUGUAAUAGAUUAACUUUCUUAGAUACUGGCUUCAACACAAAAAAUCUUGCACAUACCUUUGCUUUAAUGAUGAUCCUGCAGCACCUUCCAAAGGAUCAGCUAACGGGUAUUCAGCCUCUGGCCAUCUUUUACAAAUCUAAUGGUACCAGUAACAUCACAAUCCCUUUUAUUCACUAGCAUAGGGAAGAGGGCGCUAGAGUCAGUGAUUCAAACAAAGAACUGAGAAAAUCCAAAGCCUUCGAAAGGAGGUAAUGCAGGGUAAAGGAAGCACCAACCUUAGAAAGUAUUUCUAUAUUGCAACAAAGGGGAAGCUAAACUCCUUCUUAUCUAUUUCACUCUAAGGCUCAGGAGCGCUGGGAUUAUGGGAUCUUGGUUUUGACUUUUCUGAUUAAAAACAAAACCCAGCUUUUUAUUUUGUUUGGACUCUAUGGGGCAACUCUCCAUUGAUUUCAAUGGCACCUACAGCCCUCAACUAAGGUUGAAUCAGGUCCCACAGCUGGGAAUGGGCUUCCCAGCACAGGUAGACAGACACACAGGUACAGUGUGGCUGUAGCAGCUCAUGUUCAUACCCGGGGGUUGGGCAGGUUUGUACUCGGGUUGCUGGCCCGAGCUGGCACCUCAGCUACCGUGCUAUUUUUAGUGCACUAGCUCGAGCACACGCACUCUGGAAGCAUGCUCCCAGCUGCUCUGUAGACGUGCUCUUAGUUUGAAACAGAACUGUCAGCUUGCCCAUAGCUAUAAUGCCGUGCUCCCUGGCUUCCACAGAUUGCCUCUUACUCUCUGCUUGGAAGUAGCCAUGAGAAUGCCUUCUGUCUUUCUCAGAAUUCCAAAGCUUAAACCAACUGGCCAAACUAAGCCUUGGGCUAAAUCCUUUAUCUUCAGCUGAGUUGAACUUCCUUAUACGAAGGCUGAAUUUGAAUUCUUGCUAAUCAUAAAGUAGCAUUUACCAUCUUGUACAAGUAGGUUAUACUAUGCAGUAUAUCUGUAUUGUCAGGAGAAGUCAUGAAAACAACGAUAUUUCUGCCGUUAACCUUUUGAUUUUUACAACAUGAAGCCGCAUCAGAGUGGCAGUUUUUAAAAACUGGAACAGACAUCUUUCUGGACCCUCCCCCUUUUUUAUCUAAGACUUACAGCUUGACUGUUUCAAUGUAUUACUUAGCUCUUAAAACAAAACCCUUUAUGAGUUUAAAUUGUUUGAGUUCUAAGACCCCUAUUCGUCCCCUCAACCCACAAAGGCGAGAGGGGAGAAUACUCCCCUCAGAAUGAAAGCAGGCCACUAUACCAUGAAGCCACAGCACAGUUUUUGUGGCUGUAAUGUAGAUCAAAAGGAGAACACAUUCACUUGUGGUCACGGGGUGGAACUGCCCUGCCACAGGCUCGGUUAUUUUCAGUGCUUUUAGAUUUAUUAUUAAACAAAUGCUGGCUGUAGAUCAGAGAGUAAUUCAUGCAUCCAUACAUGUUCGUAUGUUAUUUCUGAACAUAUAGACUGGAAUUUUCAUAACUUGUAAGGGAGUUAUGCACCCAUCCCGUGUGGCCCAACUCCCCCAGACUGCAUUGAAACCCCAGAUAUAAAUGAGAAAAGUUUGCUUUUGAAAGCAAAUCAGUUUGCUCAGUGCAAAGAUAUAUAGAAGGAUGCUCUGAAGGUGCUGGUAAUCAUCAGGGACUAUCUUUCCCCCAUUUUCAGAGGUGGUGAUAUGUAACUAUCCAGUAAUAACUUAUUUCAGAGUAGCAGCCGUGUUAGCUCAUGAAAGCUUAUGCUCAAAUAAAUUUGUUAGUCUCUAAGGUGCCAAAAGUAUUCCUUUUCUUUUUUUAGUAAUAACUUAGUUUAUUUUAACAGAAAAAGACAAACACAUCAGGUGGUGGUUAGCAGCAUCUCCUAAUGUUCCUUACUCCAGUUUGCUAAUGGGAAGUAACAUUAUAAUGCAUUAUUUUAUUUCAUCUAUACUAAAGAAUGAUCCUAGGCCCCAAACAUAGGAUGCUUAGGAUAUUACCUCAUAUGAACACUUCAAGCAUCAGAAGUAAAGUAGACUUCACAGCAUUGUCCCCUGUUCUCAGGAUUCUGAAAAGAGUGCUCUCUGGAGGUUGGAAUCCGUGGGGGAUGGGGGCUAGGGUUAGGGAAUAGGUGACCCAGCAUUAGGAAACAGUAGGAUUGGGAGAUUUGCAUUGUUCCCCGGCUGGCUCUGCAAGAAUUACCUGAGAGCACAGCCUCUCGCUCUGUUACUUUUCUGGAAGAGCUUCCUCCACAAUGGGUCUCCUUUGCUAAAGAGGUCACCAGAACAGCCACAGAUACCCCUAACCACAGUGGGGCCACACUACAAUGCAGCAGCAGCAGGAGAUCUGGGGCUCCAUAGCAGUACAUGGCUUCCAUGUGGAUCCCAGGGGAUCUGUGUGGUUUGUGCAAGAGGGAUCUCUCUCUCCUUGCAUUGGGUAGAGAGGACAAUGUGGGGAAAAUUCUGCAAAGGGAUCCUCCUGGGAUAUUCCUGCCCUUCAGCCCUCUCCUGCAGGUUUUACAUGGGAGGGGUUGAUCUGGCCUCAGAUAUGGAAAUCUUGUGUUAAAUAGUCUCUUUCAUUGUGUAGCUUGAGCAUUCACAAACAUCUCAUUACUGUUGAGUGGUGGAAAUAAUAAUUACAUUGCAUAGCAAUCUGUUAGAAGGUGCAGAGUACAAAGGGAGAUUUGAAUGGUUAAUUGCACAAUUCCACAUUGUGUUAUAGGAGUAUAACACAAUGGUCCUGAUUCUCCUCGCACACCACUUACUGGUUUAACUCCAUUGACUUCUCUGGAGUGACUCUUGAUUCACAACUGGUGUGAAUGAGAGGAGUAUCAAGCCCAAAAUAUUUUGAACUGAAACAACGAGAUUUUCACGUUAGCUGACGCAAGGGCCACGGUAGCAUUUAGGCUAUUUUCAGUUACAUGUGGUGUUUUCUAUGAUCAAUAGUGAUGCGGUAAUACUGCAGAUGCCAUAUUUAUUUGGUUCUCUUAUAGCAACAAUAGUGUAUAGAUCGCUGUUUGCUUCAACCUUGGUUACCUUCUUUUGCCCAUGGGUGCUAUCACAGCUGCUACCUCACUAUGUCUGCAAACAAGUUUACCUGACAACAACAACAAAAAAGGUACCAGAAAUCUCCUUGAGCUGAAUGUACAAUCUAUGCAAAUUCUCUCACUAUUUUGUUACAAUUUGGAAGUAUUACUUGUAACCUUGCCAAAUAAACAGCAAGAUAUUGUACAGGUGCCUCUGAUAACAGAGUAACAAUUUUCUGCACGGAUCAUUGCGCUGCAUUUGAACAUUGUAAUGACUUACUUGUCUUUGGUUCUGUUGUAAUUACCACCCUUGACUGAAAAGACAGUCGUUCCUCUUGUAAGAAGGGCAACUUCAGUUUGCUGGGAAUAUUCUGGAGGAGAAUGUCGACUGCAGUUUUUUUUAUUUUUCAAGUUUAUCUACAAAAAAGGCCCAAGCCUAAAGGUCAGAAAGUGGAUCUUGGUUUAGAUUUCCUGAAGCAGAUCAUAUCAUUUUGAAUUUCUAAGUGUAUGUUCACAUUGGGCAAUUCACAGAACGUCACAAUUAAAAAAGCCUUACUUUCUUCCUUUUUUUUUUUUUAAAUUGUGGCCUUAAACUGUAGUGGAAAGUUAGAUGUUGUCUCUUUCUCUGUCUGUUGUCAACCUAAUAAAAGGCACCUUGAGAUUUCUGUUGCAACUCAGAGCUAUAUAGCUGUCAGCAGACACUUCACAAAUACAAUUGGAAUUGCUUACAAAUGCAGUCUUCAAG